AUUUAAAAAUAAAAUUUUAAAAGAAAAUUUUAAUAACAAUUAAAAAGGAUAAUUUUAUAAAUAACAAUGAAUAUAUUUUCAUUUUUUAUAAAUAAUGUUUGAUAAAGUUGAUUCGACAAGCAUAGUGAACGAUUCUUUUGCAAUUUGUAAACAAUGAAUGAAUAGGAACGAAACGAGGCAUUUGAAUCGGUUGAAUGUGUAGAAGAUAAGAUAUACAUAGAUAAUAAUAUACAUAGGGUCAGAUCGCAAAAUGGUAAUAUCCGCCAAUCAAAUCUGCAUUUAUGUGUACACCCUGUCCUAUAUAUGUAGAAUCGAAAGGUUCGUUCACCCGUUCCUUUUAACUUAAGAGAUGUUUUAAUUACUGGAUCAAAAUGAAUAGUUGCAAUCAAUUAACACGAAUUAACUGGAAAUACGAUCUAUUGAUAAAAUAAGUGAUUGAUGAACAGUGAACUAAAUAACAUAUCAAAGGUGGAAAAUUUUAUUCGGUCAGAAGCGGGUGCGGUGCGUGAGGUCAGCAGUUAAGAGAUCUCUUUUGUCAGAGAAGAGUCGUUGAGCGGAUACACGUUUAGUCGCGCCCUCGAGCUUGCUCACACCAUCGUUCGUGACGAUUAUACGUUCUACUGAACAUUUCUCGUUCUCCGGACCUCGGCCGGACCACAUUAUCUAACUCAACUUCGAUUGGAGAUCAUUAAUCGUUUUUUUCAAUUUGUGUCAUUUCAAUAUUAAAUAGAAAUCAUGAAAUAUUCAAUACUGUUGAGCUUAUUAAUCACUUGCUUGAUUUGGUCACCAAUUGUUCAUUGUGGGACACGACCGAGUUUUGUCUCUGACGAGAUGAUCGCAACAGCAGCUAGCGUGGUGAAUGCUUGCCAGACACAGACAGGAGUGGCAACAGUGGAUAUAGAGGCAGUAAGGAAUGGUCAAUGGCCUGAAACACGUCAAUUAAAGUGUUACAUGUAUUGUUUAUGGGAACAAUUCGGAUUAGUAGAUGACAAGAGAGAACUCAGUUUGAACGGCAUGCUCACAUUUUUCCAAAGAAUACCAGCAUACAGGGCUGAAGUUCAGAAAGCAAUCAGCGAAUGCAAGGGGAUCGGUAAAUAUUUGGCUAAGGGCGACAAUUGCGAAUACGCGUACAGAUUUAACAAAUGUUACGCGGAAUUGUCUCCACGGACGUAUUAUCUAUUUUAAUUGAGUUUCAUC